AUGAUUCCAAAUAUGAACUUGUAUAAAAACUCAAUAAUACAUGCUAAGAUGUUAAUGACUAAAACAGUUGUUUAUCCAUUUUAUUUAUUUCUAUAUCCUAAAUCUGCAUAGCCUAAUAUCUAUGGAAUCAAAGAAAAUACCAUAAAGCCUAAAUAAACAUUAAUAUAUUUUAGGUUAAAAUUCGAUUAGGAUUUUAUAGCAGCUACACAAGCUCCAAACCAAAAAAGAUAAUCAAGAACAAAGUAAUAAACAUUAUUUGAGACUGAUGAAUCAUUAUUUUAAUUUUUUUUAUCGUUUGUAUUAUCAUUUUAAGAACCUUAGGUAGCUAUCUGUAUAACGUAAGAUAUUAUUAAUAUAAUCAUAAAGACCAUAGAAAUCUUAUUAUGCCUUAUAAAACUAACAAGGCUAUUGUUUAUUAAUUUUUCUAGUUCAUAUUUUUGGAGUCUUAAGUCAUCUCCAUACUAGUUUUGGUUAGUGUUAUUUCUCUCUAAGUCAAACAGAGUAUUCUAUACAGGAACUCCUUACACUAUCUAAUGCGAGUUUACCUACUCUCCAUUAAUAGGCAACACGAAAGGGUAUUAGUUAUUAUUUAAUUUCAUUUAAGUAACUUCAAUUGAUGGUUACUUAGCUUCAGGUAAUUUAUUUUAAUUUGAAGUACUUUAAAUCUAAGUUUAAAUAUUAACAAGAGGCAUUUUUAUCCCUCUUAUGGUUGAUGAAGAUUAUUAAAAAUGUUAUUUUUUUAGAUUAUGCAUUUUUUUUUAGUAUUUCUGUAUAUUUUUAUCAAACUUCUUAACUUGUUAAUGGCAAUUAUGA